GCUCAGUAGAGUAGUCAAAAUCUCUUUCAAGACUUUGUUUUCCGGUCAGAUUUGAUUAAAGCAAUUGUUUGUCCGUUUCUACUUCAGCUAUGUGGAGGAAGCUGGAAAUUUCCUGGUAUGAUAAGCACAACAAACUAACUUAAGAGUAGGAGGUGCAUUCAAGGAAAUGCUUUAGUCUGAGAAGUGUGGGCUGCACUCUUACAUUUUAGUUUUUGACUUUGGGCAAUGAUAAUCUUAAAUUAUGAGAAGGACUGCCUAUUUGUUAUUGGCGAUCCGGCUGUCAGUUGAAAUUUACAAGGUGCACAGCCUACCAUAUGAAACCGGGCCUGGUGGAUCUUGCAAGAACGCCAACACAGAAUAUGUCCCAGAGGGUUCUAAUCUGUGCUGCAAGAAAUGUCUUCCUGGGACCCGAUUCAGGAAACAAUGCAGUGCCACAACAGAAACAGAAUGUGAACAGUGUCCCGAAACCCAGUUCACAGACACAUAUCAUUACUUCCGUAAUUGCUUAAAGUGUCCCAAGUGUAAUGAAGACAAAGGCUUGCAGUAUUUCCAGAAAUGCUCCAAGACCACUCGGGCUCGUUGUACAUGCCAGCCUGGGAAGUACUGCAUAACUGGUUUUAAAAAACAAUCCUGUGAAGAGUGCAUGAGCUAUACAUCUUGCAAGCCUGGCCAUGGUGUCUCCAGAAACGGAUCUGCUGACUCGGAUGUCAAGUGUGAAGCAUGCCCUGAUGGGACCUUCUCUGACAUGCUCUCCUACACCCAGCCCUGCCAGAGACAUACAGAUUGUAAGGCUCAAGGCAGUGUAAUGCUACACCCGGGUAAUGCUACCUCAGACAGUGUGUGUGAAAGAUACAACCCUCAGAUGACGAUCUAUCCAAAGACACCAACUGAACCAGAGACAACUACCCUACAGGCCACCACAGUAGCACCCAACACGACCUCUACACAAAAGGAAACUAGCUCUAAGACUACUGUUGCACCAUCAGAUGACAAAUUGUCACACAAGGGGCUAGGUAAUUAUCUGUAUGUAUUAUUAUGGAGCUUCGCUGUAUUUGGGGUGCUGGCUGUUCUCAUAAUUGUGAUGUUGGUGUCAUGCAAAAUUAGACAAAGAGAUUAUAAGAUCAACAACUCCAACACAGAUUCCAAUGGAAAUUUCGAAGUGGUGAACCUCAAAGAUCCCCCAUUUACGUCUCUCACCUCCAUAUUCCGAGAACAGCAGUGUCUUCUGACAACAGGACACCACAGCAACAACAUCAGUCAGGCACAACCUUCCCUUAACGGUUACUCCGGCAACCAGGAAAACAAGCCCAUGCCUCUUCAUUCCACUACCCAGAUGAUUACAUAUCAGACCCAGCCCUCCCCUCAUCCCUCCAGCCCCCAGUCCCCAGUGAGUCCACUGCCCUCCAGCCCCCUGGUGAACUUCAACAUCACUCUCAAUGUGGAAAUGGGGAAUGGGUGCUGUUCUGCACCUUCCAGUCUGCCCACAGACUCUUUGCAAAAUAACUUCACAAACCCACCUUUUCCUCUGGGGAAGGAAGAGGAGUGUGUCAGCGUGGCACAGCAGGAGGAAGGCAAGGAGGCGUUGAUUGCAGUUCAGGAGAGUGAACAUUCUUGAAGAAGCAAAUGUUCUGUUAUUUCAUGUAUAUAUUUCAUGUACAAAGUGUAUACAUUGUUGUUGUUAGUGUAGUCUUAAAUAUGUGAAGUUAUCUAGUUUACCUAUAGUCUACAUAUUUUCUUAAUACUGCUAUAGAGAAUGUUUAAUCUUCUGAUCAAAAGCAUCAUCAUGGCUCAUGUAUAAGCCACUAUCGCCCCCUCCUGGUUAAGGAUUUACCAUCGAUGUAUUCUCUUCACCAGAAUUAAAGUACGGUGUUUAACAUGAUAAAACAAUAAUACAUAACAAAUGUAAAGA